GAUAACAUGGAUCCAGCGUUCGUCUUUAAUGAACCAAAUUAACUUGGAUUCAGAUUACUUGCCCCAAGAAAAAGGUAUAUGGUGUCUUGUGAAGAAUCUCAACUUCAGGAUCGGAGUUUUAACCGUUAUCUAUAAAAGUAAAAGGGUGACCGGAAAUAAGAACUAUGCAGAAAGUUAA